UGCCGAGCGUUUCUGGAGGGCACCUCAGCCCAGCACAGCUGGAGAGGCAGCUGCCUGGUGCUGGCAUCAGCAUUGACGAUGGCCGGUCGGGCCUCCAUGGGGAAAGGUCCCGGCUGCAGCCUGGAAGGGAAGCCUCGCUGGUCUGCUGCACGACAAUGAGAAGGAGGAAGCUCUGUGCCUGAUCCUCGAGCCAGAACCCAGCUGGAAGGUGGCCGCACCCUCCCUGCAGGUUCUUUCCUGGCUGGCAGAGGCCUGGAGGUAUUUUUUCUCCAGAAGGUGUUGGGGGGCACCGGGGGUUCCAGCUCCCGUGGGCUGGCUGCCGCACACAUGCUGGACGACAGAGCCAGGAUGGAGGCCACCAAGAAGGAAAAGGCAGAGCAGAUCCUGGCAGACUUCCAGCUACAGGAGGCUGACCUGAAGAAGGUGAUGUGGCGGAUGCAGAAGGAGAUGGCGCGAGGCCUGCGGCUGGAGACCCACGAGGAGGCCAGCGUGAAGAUGUUGCCCACCUACGUGCGCUCCACCCCGGAAGGCUCCGAAGUCGGGGACUUCCUCUCCCUGGACCUGGGCGGCACCAACUUCAGGGUGAUGCUGGUGAAGGUGGGGGAGGGCGAAGAGGGGCAGUGGAGUGUGAAGACCAAGCACCAGAUGUAUUCCAUCCCUGAGGAUGCCAUGACCGGUACUGCUGAGAUGCUCUUUGACUACAUCUCUGAGUGCAUCUCCGACUUUCUGGACAAGCAUCAGAUGAAGCACAAGAAGCUUCCCUUGGGCUUCACCUUCUCCUUUCCUGUGAGGCAUGAAGACAUCGACAAGGGCAUCCUCCUCAAUUGGACCAAGGGCUUCAAGGCCUCAGGAGCAGAAGGGAACAACAUCGUGGGGCUCCUACGUGACGCCAUCAAACGGAGAGGGGACUUUGAAAUGGACGUGGUGGCAAUGGUGAAUGACACUGUGGCCACGAUGAUCUCCUGCUACUAUGAAGACCGCCGCUGCGAGGUCGGCAUGAUUGUGGGCACAGGCUGCAAUGCCUGCUACAUGGAGGAGAUGCAGAACGUGGAACUGGUGGAAGGGGAUGAGGGCCGCAUGUGCGUCAACACAGAGUGGGGUGCCUUCGGGGACUCCGGGGAGCUGGACGAGUUUCUGCUGGAGUACGACCGCGUAGUGGACGAGAACUCCCUGAACCCCGGGCAGCAGCUGUACGAGAAGCUCAUCGGCGGCAAGUACAUGGGCGAGCUGGUGCGGCUAGUGCUGCUGAAGCUCGUGGACGAGAACCUGCUCUUCCGCGGUGAGGCCUCGGAGCAGCUGCGCACGCGCGGCGCCUUCGAGACGCGCUUCGUGUCGCAGGUGGAGAGCGACUCUGGCGACCGCAAGCAGAUCUAUAACAUCCUAAGCACGCUGGGGCUGAGGCCCACGGCCACCGACUGCGACAUCGUGCGCCGGGCCUGCGAGAGCGUGUCCACGCGGGCCGCACACAUGUGCGCCGCGGGGCUGGCGGGCGUCAUCAACCGCAUGCGCGAGAGCCGCAGCGAGGAUGUAAUGCGCAUCACCGUGGGUGUGGACGGCUCGGUGUACAAGCUGCACCCCAGCUUCAAGGAGAGGUUCCACACCAUCGUGCGGAAGCUGACACCCAGCUGUGAAAUCACCUUCAUCGAGUCGGAGGAGGGUAGCGGCCGAGGUGCCGCCCUGGUGUCCGCGGUGGCCUGUAAGAAGGCCUGCAUGCAGGGCCAGUGACAGCGAGGCCAAAGGCAAGGAGUAGGCAGGGCUUGCUGGGCGUGGGCUCCUGGGGACUCGCUUCCCACAGGUGCCCCCAGGCUGGCCCAGUGAAGAGGUCUCUAGAUGUAAGGACUCUGGACACCUCCCACCCUGAGGCUCCCCUGGAAGAUGCGGAAAGGCCCUCUGGGAGGAGGCGGAUUGUAGUGCCUGGGGCAGGCCUCUUAGAGGCAGUGGGUGGGAUAGACCAAGGCCCUGACUGGGUUGGGGGCUGAGAUGGGUCGGAAUGGAGACCCCCAGAGUCCCCCGCCUGUACUGCUGGAAUCAAGGACCCACACAGAGGGGAGCUGCUCAUUCGGGACUUUGCCGAAUUUCUGCACUGCCUGCCUCUUGGAGCCUCUGCCGUUGUCAGCCUCAC